ACCAUCCCCAGCCAAGACAAGCAGCACAUUCACAAAUAACGCCCCCACCCCCAGCGCACGCGCUCCCAUUCAAAGCAGCCCGGCUCCGCGGCCGCACAGCCGCUCGGAGACGCGCCGGGCCCAGCGCAGCCCUGCACUGCCGGGCGCACCCUCCAGCCCGCCUGCCGGCAGUCGCGGACCCCUGCAGUCCGCCCAGGAGGCGGCUACUUCUUCCAGGGAGGGGGGUCCACGCCGGAGACUCUCGUUGGUGCUCCCUCCUCUCCCCGGUGACUAUGGCAAGGCUAGAGACGCCUCCGCGCCCGGGGUUCCUGGCCCGCCUCCUCCGUGGCACCUGGUGCCUGCUCUAUGUCGCCGGUCAGGUAUGCGGAGACCAAAGCCAAGGAGCUGUUUUCCUGCGGGAGUUUACACUGAUUCGAAGAGAGAGCCUUCAUGAAGAUUUUCUGUCUGACCUCUUGAAUAGUCACAAAACUGAAGACUCGAGCUCCAGGACAGCACGCUCCGAGGAGGACAGGGACGGCCUUUGGGAUGCCUGGGGCCCGUGGAGCGAGUGCUCGCGCACGUGCGGGGGAGGGGCCUCCUACUCGCUGAGACGCUGCCUCAGCAGCAAGAGCUGUGAAGGAAGAAAUAUCCGAUAUAGAACAUGCAGCAAUGUGGACUGCCCACCAGAAUCAGGUGAUUUCCGAGCUCAGCAAUGCUCUGCUCAUAAUGAUGUCAAGCACCAUGGCCAGUUUUAUGAAUGGCUUCCUGUGUCUAAUGACCCUGACAACCCAUGUUCACUCAAGUGCCAAGCCAAAGGAACAGCUUUGGUUGUUGAACUAGCACCUAAGGUCUUAGAUGGAACUCGUUGCUAUACAGAAUCUUUGGAUAUGUGCAUCAGUGGUUUAUGCCAAAUUGUUGGCUGUGAUCACCAGCUGGGAAGCACCGUCAAGGAAGAUAACUGUGGGGUCUGCAACGGAGAUGGGUCCACCUGCCGGCUGGUCCGAGGGCAAUAUAAAUCCCAGCUCUCCGCAACCAAAUUGGAUGACACUGUGGUUGCCAUUCCCUAUGGAAGCAGACAUAUUCGCCUUGUCUUAAAAGGACCUGAUCACUUGUAUCUGGAAACCAAAACUCUCCAGGGGGCUAAAGGUGAAAACAGUCUCAGCUCUACAGGCACCUUUCUUGUGGACAAUUCUAGUGUGGACUUCCAGAAAUUUCCAGACAAGGAGAUACUGAGAAUGGCUGGACCACUGACAGCAGAUUUCAUUGUCAAGAUCCGUAACUCGGGGCCGGCCGACAGUGCUGUGCAGUUCAUCUUCUAUCAGCCUAUCAUCCACCGAUGGAGGGAGACGGAUUUCUUUCCUUGCUCAGCAACGUGUGGAGGAGGUUACCAGCUGACAUCAGCUGAGUGUUAUGACCUUCGGAGCAACCGCGUGGUUGCCGACCAGUACUGUCACUAUUACCCAGAGAACAUCAAACCCAAACCCAAGCUCCAGGAGUGCAACUUGGAUCCUUGUCCAGCCAGUGACGGAUUCAAGCAGAUCAUGCCUUAUGACCUCUACCACCCCCUUCCUCGGUGGGAGGCCACCCCGUGGACCGCGUGCUCCUCCUCGUGUGGGGGGGGCAUCCAGAGCCGGGCAGUUUCCUGUGUGGAGGAGGACAUCCAGGGGCAUGUCACUUCAGUGGAAGAGUGGAAAUGCAUGUACACCCCUAAGAUGCCCAUCGUGCAGCCCUGCAACAUUUUUGACUGCCCUAAAUGGCUGGCACAGGAGUGGUCUCCGUGCACAGUGACGUGUGGCCAGGGCCUCAGGUACCGGGUGGUUCUCUGCAUCGACCAUCGAGGAAUGCACACAGGAGGCUGUAGCCCCAAAACAAAGCCCCACAUCAAAGAGGAAUGCAUCAUACCCACUCCCUGCUACAAACCCAAAGAGAAACUUCCGGUGGAGGCCAAACUGCCUUGGUACAAACAGGCUCAAGAACUCGAAGAAGGAGCGGCUGUGUCAGAAGAGCCCUCGUUCGUCCCCGAGGCCUGGUCGGCCUGCACGGCUCCCUGCGGCGUGGGCACCCAGGUGCGAGUGGUCCGGUGCCAGGUGCUACUGUCUUUCUCCCAGUCGGUGGCCGACCUGCCCGUGGACGAGUGUGAAGGGCCCAAGCCGGCUUCCCAACGCGCCUGCUACGCAGGACCGUGCGACGGGGACACGCCGCGGUUCCACUCGGAUGAGACGCAUGGGCUCCUCGGUGGCCUGCAGGAUUUGGACGAGCUGUAUGACUGGGAGUACGAGGGCUUCACCAAGUGCUCCGAGUCCUGUGGAGGAGGUGUCCAGGAGGCCGUGGUGAGCUGCCUGAACAGACAGACUCGGGAGCGGGCUGACGAGAACCUGUGCGUGACCAGCCGCCGGCCCCCGCAGCUCCUGAAAUCCUGCAAUUUGGACUCCUGCCCAGCAAGGUGGGAAAUUGGCAAGUGGAGUCCGUGUAGUCUCACUUGUGGGGUUGGCCUACAGACCAGAGAUGUCUUCUGCUCCCACCUCCUUUCCAGAGAGAUGAAUGAAACCGUAAUCCUAGCUGAUGAGCUGUGUCAACAGCCCAAGCCCAGCACAGUGCAGGCUUGUAACCGCUUCAAUUGCCCCCCAGCCUGGUACCCUGCACAGUGGCAGCCGUGUUCCAGGACCUGCGGAGGGGGUGUUCAGAAACGUGAGGUUCUUUGCAAGCAGCGCAUGGCUGACGGCAGCUUCCUGGAGCUUCCUGAAACCUUCUGUUCAGCCUCAAAACCGGCCUCCCAGCAAGCCUGCAAGAAAGAUGACUGCCCCAGCGAGUGGCUUCUCUCAGACUGGACAGAGUGCUCCACAAGCUGUGGAGAGGGCACCCAGACUCGAAGCGCCAUUUGCCGGCAGGUGCUAAAAAGUGGCGUCUCCACCGUUGUCAAUUCCACACUGUGCCCACCUCUGCCUUUCUCUUCCUCCAUCAGGCCCUGCAUGCUGGCAACCUGUGCAAGGCCCGGGCGGCCGGCCCCCAAGCACAGCCCGCACAUCGCCGCGGCCAGGAAGGUCUAUAUCCAGACCCGCCGGCAGAGGAAGCUGCACUUCGCCGUGGGGGGAUUCGCCUACCUGCUUCCUAAGACGGCCGUGGUGCUGCGCUGCCCCACGCGCCGCUUCCGCAAGCCGCUCAUCACCUGGGAGAAGGACGGCCAGCACCUGGUCAGCUCCGCGCACGUCACGGUGGCGCCCUUCGGCUACCUGAAGAUCCACCGCCUCAAGCCCUCGGACGCGGGCGUGUACACCUGCUCCGCCGGCCCGGCCCGGGAGCAGUUCGUGAUCAAGCUCGUCGGAGGCAACCGCAAGCUGGUGGCCCGGCCCUUGAGCCUGCGGAGUGACGAGGAGGCCCUGGCGGCGAGGAAGGCCGGCCUGAAGGAGGCCCUGCACACGCACAAGCACCAGAACGGCAUCUUCUCCAACGGCAGCAAGGCGGAGAAGCGGGGCCUGGCCGCCGACCCGGGGAGCCGCUACGACGACCUCGUCUCCCGCCUGCUGGAGCAGGGGGGCUGGCCCGGGGAGCUCCUGGCCUCGUGGGAGGUGCAGGACUCCGCGGAGAGGAACGCGUCCUCGGAGGAGGACCCGGGCGCCGAGCAGGCCCUUGUGCACCUGCCUUUCACCAUGGUGGCCGAACAGAGUCGCUUGGACGACAUUCUCAGGAACCUCUCCCAGCAGCCGGAGGAGCUUCGCGACCUCUACAGCAAGCACCUGGUGGCCCAGCUGGCCCAGGAUAUCUUCCGCAGCCACCUGGAGCACCAGGACGCACUCCUCAAGCCCUCUGAAGGGCGGACUCCCCCCGUGGCUGUCCCUCCUCAUAAACACGUGUCUGGCCUCAGCAGCUCCCUGCGGACCUCCGCGAGCGAGGCCGGGGGCAGCUCUCGCAGGCCACACCGCAAGCCCACCAUCUUGCGGAAGAUCUCAGCUGCCCAGCAGCUCUCAGCCUCUGAGGUGGUCACCCACCUGGGACAGACAGUGGCCUUGGCCAGCGGGACGCUGAGUGUGCUUCUCCACUGUGAGGCCAUAGGCCACCCAAGGCCGACCAUCAGCUGGGCCAGGAAUGGAGAGGAGGUUCAGUUCAGUGACAGGAUUCUGCUACAGCCAGAUGAUUCCUUACAGAUCUUGGCACCAGUGGAAGCUGACGUGGGUUUCUACACAUGCAAUGCCACAAAUGCCUUGGGAUAUGACUCUGUCUCCAUUGCCGUCACACUAGCAGGAAAGCCACUAGUGAAAACAUCACGAAUGACCAUGCUCAACACUGAGAAGCCUGCAGUCACUGUCGAUAUCGGAAGCACCAUCAAAACCGUGCAGGGAGUUAAUGUAACAAUUAACUGCCAAGUUGCAGGUGUCCCUGAAGCUGAAGUCACUUGGUUCAGGAACAAAAGCAAGAUGGGCUCCCCUCACCAUCUGCACGAGGGCUCCUUGCUGCUCACGAACGUGUCGUCCUCAGAUCAGGGCCUGUACUCCUGCAGGGCGGCCAAUCUUCACGGAGAGCUAACCGAGAGCACCCAGCUGCUGAUCCUUGAUCCCCCUCAAGUCCCCACACAGUUGGAGGACAUCAAGGCUUUGCUCUCAGCCACUGGACCAAACCUUCCUUCAGUGCUGACGUCUCCUCUGGGAACACAGCUGGUCCUGGAUCCUGGGAAUUCCGCUCUCCUUGGCUGCCCCAUCAAAGGAUACCCUACCCCCAAUAUCACCUGGUUUCAUGGUGGUCAGCCAGUUGCCACUGCCACGGGACUGAGGCAUCGUAUCUUGGCAGCUGGACAGAUUCUUCAAGUUGCAAACCUUACUCGUGGGUCUCAAGGAGAAUUCAGCUGCCUUGCACAGAAUGAGGCAGGGACCCUCGUGCAGAAGGCUUCUUUAGUGAUCCAAGAUUACUGGUGGUCUGUGGACAGACUGGCAACCUGCUCGGCCUCCUGUGGUAACAGGGGGGUCCAGCAGCCCCGCCUGAGGUGUCUGCUGAACAGCAUAGAGGUUAGCUCGGCACUCUGUGCAGGGAAGGUCCGCCCCACCGUGCAGCCCAUCGCCUGCAACCGGAGAGACUGCCCUGCUCGGUGGAUGGUGACCUCCUGGUCUGCCUGUACCCGGAGCUGCGGAGGAGGCGUCCAGACCCGCCGGGUGACCUGUCAGAAACUGAAAGCCUCUGGGAUCUCCACCCCUGUGUCCAAUGACAUGUGUGCCCAACUCACAAAACGGCCCAUGGACACCCAGGCCUGUAACCAGCAGCUGUGUGUGGAGUGGUCCUUCUCCGGCUGGGGUCAGUGUAAUGGACCUUGCAUUGGGCCUCAUCUAGCUGUGCAACACAGACAAGUCUUCUGCCAGACACGGGAUGGCAUCACCUUACCAUCAGAGCAGUGCAGUGCCCUUCCAAGGCCUGUGAGCACCCAGAACUGCUGGUCAGAGGCCUGCAGCGUACAUUGGAGGGUCAGCCUGUGGACCCUGUGCACUGCAACCUGCGGCAACUAUGGCUUCCAGUCCCGGCGAGUGGAGUGUGUGCACGCCCGCACCAGCAAGGCAGUCCCUGAGCACCUGUGCUCCUGGGGGCCCCGGCCUGCCAACUGGCAGCGCUGCAACAUCACCCCAUGUGAAAACAUGGAGUGCAGAGAUACCACCAGAUACUGUGAGAAGGUGAAACAGCUGAAACUCUGCCAGCUCAGCCAGUUUAAAUCUCGCUGUUGCGGAACGUGUGGCAAAGCAUGAAGACAGGGCACAAGAAAGAACUCUACCCUGGCCAAAGGACUCACGCACCCACCUUGGAUAGAACUUACGCUUUCUUGUUUAUUUAUUUAUUUUCCUCCUCUCCACCCCACACAGCGUCCUCCAACCUCCUUCCCUGCCCUCCAUCUCCACCCUCAAUCAGGAGGACCUGCGUUCCCCUAUCAGUUAGCAGGAGGGCAGAGUGGAGGGAAAGGAAGGAUCGGGUGUCUAAAGGAGGCUGCAGAGGCUGCCAAACAGAUGGCAGGGGCUGUCAGACCAGGGGCUCCCUUCCAAGCCUGGACCUUAAAGAGACGUAGGACGAGGCAGGCACGGCCCCCAGGGAGCCAAGGAGUUGGUGAGUAUUAGUGCAAAUGUCAGACAACCAACUGUCUUUCCUAGAAACACAGUCAAUGCCACAGUGUGCUGCUCCUUCCCGGGUGCCUCUGCCUCUGUCCCCUUCCUCACCAUUAGGACAAGGAAGGAGGGGGACCCUAUACUGAGACAAAUCUUCUAGUGGGGGGGCACAGAGAACUGAAAACGUGGGUAGGUAGAAGUAAAGAAGGGAGCAAAGUCUAAGGCACACAGCCAUGCAGAAAGUAACGUAAGGAGGAAAGGGACAGAAGCAAAAAGCAGCCUGUGUGCACCCAGCAGGGAGGAGCAGGCGGGCAGGAGGGCUUCUGGGCAGCCACGUGAGGCUCACACUGCUUCCAUGGUGUGCCCACAUUGUGUGGUAGGACAUAACAGCCUCUGUGGCAGAGGAGUGGAGGCAUGUCCCCCCUCCCUUGCUAUCUGAGUAAACUUCCUGCCCAUGCGGCUACAGCAAAGCCAAAAAGAGGUCACCACCUGGCUAUGCAGUGAGGCCAUCCCUGGCACCUCUUCAUCUGAAUCAAGAAUUUCCCACCUCUGGGAACUCAUUGCUCUGGGCCAGGGGCAUUCUGAGCAUGCAUGGGCUGAAUUUUCUCCCUAUGUGGCCUUUGCUGCUCUAGAUCAAUUCAUUAAUCAGUUUGCCACAAUAUCUAUCAGGUUGCAGCAACCACUCCUUUCCAGAGCCAGCCAGGGACCAGGGUGGGAACAAUGGGUUUGUGUGUGCUCACAGCAUCUCUCAGCAUGCCCUGCCUCUUCUGGCUGCCACCCUGGGGUCUGCAGGCCUCCCUCAGCACAGGGAGAGCCACUCUGUAGUAUUUAUCUAGCAGGUUAGGGCCGGGCUGGGGAGCUGGGGCAAAGCCCAAGGAUAGCUGAAGCUUACAACACAGUCUACAAAGGCUUUCCCCCCACAUAUAGCACAAUCCUUUCAAAUUUAUAGUAAUUAACACCCAUUUUGGUGAUUCAAUAAUUAAUUCAGCAGGCAAGCAGCGCGCACAUUUUACGCACAUCAGCUAUGGUGAAGUGGCCAGGGCAAAGUCAUAUAGUGAGAUGAAAACUGGGACUCCUGGGCAAAUCACUCCUGCAGCCCAGCAACAUCAGGCAAGGCCUUUUUACCUCCUUCCUCUGAGCAGCCCAAGCCUAGACAUCAGGGCAAGGAAGGGCAGCCAGAGUCACUCACCUCACACCGCUGCCAUAAGCUUCCCCUCACGUACACACUCAUGAAAUGCCACUCACCCCAGGGCCACCACUGACAUCAGCCAGCCUAAAAGUAAAACUUCAGAGAAAGAUAAUGUUAAUCUCUAUCUUCCCCAGGUUAGCUGUGGAAAAUUAGUUUGGGUUUCUCUCUUCCUCACCCUGAAAAUAGGCUCUAAGAAAUCAUGUUACUAAAAAUCAGUGUAAUGUUUAUUUAAAAUAAAAGAGAAUGUUUUCUAUGUCUGUAUAUCUUUUGUGAAUAUUUAUUAGGAUUUCUUGUAUAAAAAAGUGCAAUAUUAAUAAUUGUACAUUGUCAUCCAGAAAAAGGUAUUUUGGGGGGGGCUUUUUAUUAAUUUCCUACAGUUGUGUUCCUGUAAACCCCAUGAUUAUUGUAUUUUUCCUACUCUUAUUAGAACCUGGUGUUUAACUCUGGAGCCAUUCACUGUGUACAGAAUACAUUGUAAAAACUCACAUGGGAUGCCGGGGCAGUUAUGCAUGGAAUGAUGGGGACAAAUUCCAUAACACACUAAUGUGGUCAAUUAUGCCUAGUUCACUAGCUGUUGAAAAUCAGUGGCAAAUAUUUGCAUUUCCAGAAUUGCAGGCAUUCUCUGGCUAUGCCACAUGUCAGAUUUGGGGCAGUGGGGCUCAGAGCCACCUGGAGGGCCUAGGUUUGGGGUGGGAAGCAGUGUGCUCCUUGCAUGAGAUGAAUGUACAUUUAAUGUUUGUUCUGUGAAUUGCAACUCAGCUGCACCACCCGAUUAUUUAGGGCUGCUGGAUAAUGUGGAAGGAGACACUUCCUCCUCUAAAACACAAAACUGUAUUUGUAUUUUUUGUACAGAUAAUACAGCUUAUUUAUUUA